GCCUUUUGGCUAAGAUCAAGUGUAGUAUCUGUUCUUAUCAGUUUAAUAUCUGAUACGUGGACCAUCGGUCCACAUGAUAUUAAAUUAAUUUCUUUUGGGGGCAGGUGCCAAUGGCCAGCUUGCUGGUCGGCCCUGCAAGCGUCGCCUCGGUAUUGCACUAACUCCGGGGAAGGCGCACCCCUCCCCCAACGGGGGUCCAAAUAAAAACUGAAACGCAUUGUCAUCUUGGGGCACGUUUUACCAGGAAUGGUCAUCUGCUCACUCUCUUCUCGAUUCACGACAUGCUAUUGCGCCCAUCACUCUAUUUCCCACGUGUCCUGCCACAACUGAUGCCUCCCCGCAACCUCGCCAGUUGUUGCCGUCUACAUCACAUUCGUGGUUGUAUCUUCCCGCCUCGCCUGUUGAUGCCACUCGCCCUGCAAUGCAUUCUCAAGGUCAGGCCACGUAUUGCCGAUUUCCUUGGCAGUGCUGAGGUUCGCCACGACUCCACAGAUCAAACCAUGGCCUAUGGGUCUGGGUUUUCAGGCAUCUACUUGAAAAGAGAAAGCCAUGCUGCCGCCUGCUGGUCAGCAUCCCAGCAGCAUCUUGUGUGUUGGCAGUAACAAGCUUCUACAUGGCAGCAAAUGGUCGGUCUUCAGCCAGCAUGGCAGCAAAUGGUAGGUCUCCA